UGUCCAUAGUCUACAGUUAUCUCCACCGUAGGCAGGGCAAGCACAUGAAGUAAAUGGCACAUUUAAACUUUCUCCGUGCCUUCAGGCAUUGGCUUUAUCGCAUCGUGUGAUAAAGCCUUCUUGUACACACACGUACCCGGCCGUCGCACUUAAAGAGAGGCUUAUCCCGACUUACAUUGAUUUGUCAUUGGCCCCGCGUUCGGUCUUUCAUCUGAUAACACAGCUGAUGAUGCUGCGACCGGACCAAGGGUCCCGCGCUCGGCUGCUGCUGUCGUUUGUCCUGGGGGAGCGGUCGUUGUUGGAACACGUCGUAGGGAACGUUACUAGACUUGUGCGGGAAGAAAUGGCUACUUCAAUAUCAUGCCUGCCACCCAGGCGAAUGAGAAAAGCAACGAAGAAGAUAUUGUAGAUUCUUGCAAGGGUCGUGGCCGCAGAAGGUUGUGCAAGAAAUGCAAAUUCACCUGCACUGACGCCCGUGAGUUCACCGCUCACCUAGCCACACAUUCCGAUAUCGAAUCAAAGCUUGACAGACUUCGACGGAGACGUCCUUCAGUGGCCAAAACACCGGAUGGUCCUCAGUCCAGUUCUGACAUGGACUCGCCAACCAGUGCUCCUCUCUUGUUGGAGGAUAAGGAGAAACUAAAGAACAGCUUUUUCGAAACUCCCGAGUCUGAUGCCAUGGAGGUUUCGGAUGAGGCAAAUGAAAGAGAUGAUGCGAGGGAGGACGAGGGAGAUGAAAUUGAUGCAAUGAAUGUUGACACUGACGAGAAAAAACUAUUCCCACAUCAGAUGGGCAUCGGAGAAAGUUUGAGCCCGGAAGAAGAGGGGGAGGGGAAGCUUGUUAUUGAUGAUGCUGUCAAAAGUGGCCAGAUUUUUCCAUGUCGCCAGUGUGGUCAAAAACUGGAUGGCGUGAAGGCGUUUCUCCAGCACCUCAGUGAGGCGCAUAAAGUAGAGGAUAAAAUUUAUAAGUGUGAUUUGUGUCAGUAUACUAAUGCUAAUAAAGAGAAAUUGGCCAGGCAUAGGAAGAAGCAUUUUCCAAGUACUGCAGACAUUUUUCCCAAUGAUGCUGAUGAAUCUGCCAGUAUGAACAAGAUUCAAGCUGAAAAGAAUGUCUAUGAUGACAUGGAUGAAGAGGAACUUGCUGUGCCUGUCACAAUCACAAAUAUAGACCAGCGUUUAGACGACGAUAAAAAGAAAAAGAAGAAAACUCGUCAGGAGGUGGAUCCAGGAAAAUACUUUGAAACUGUAGACAGCAGCGGUACAAAAUAUGCCUGCUCGCAGUGCGGGAAUAUUUAUAAAUGGAGGAAAAGCUUGAAUAAACACUGGAAAGAGAAACACAGCUCAGAUCCUUUGGUGGAGGUGGCCAGCCCCCCUGGGAUGUUGGAGUUGCUUAAGUCAGGGAAGUACACACAGCUGGGAGCCCGUAGAAUCUAUGACAAUGUCUUUUUGUCCACCAUUAAAACAAAUAAAGAUGACAAUCCCAUAGACAAUGCUUCGCCCAGCAGCCUUGCUCAGUCUCCUAGUCCACCCAAUUUUCUUAACACCCCUGUGUCGCUUAGUGCGUCGAGGGUUGUUUCCAGUCUGGUAAUGCCCAGUAUGAUUGGUCCUUUUGUGGCUGGCUCAACACAGCCUGUAUUCCCGGGGAUGGCCCAUCCAAGUAAUGGGUAUGAUUCACCAGAGGAGGGCGCUCUCGACUUGACAAGAGACAACAAGCCAGACAUGAGCCAGUUUAUGGUGAAGCAGGAGUUCAGUUCUUCUUUUGAUCAGGAGCAGCCUUUGGACUUCUCCAAGAAGAAAGAGGAGAAGGUGAAGCAUGAUAAAGCAUGGCAGGACAUGAAGCACGCUCACACCAUAAACCAGAUGAUUCCCAAAGUACACAGGUGCUCCAAGUGUGAGUUCACCAGCAUGUCCGAAGUUGAUUUCGCCAACCACACCAGCUCCCACUUGAAUAAGAGAAUAGUCAAAUGCAACCAGUGCAAGGUUCAAAUCAAUUCCAUGGAUGAGCUCAACAACCACUUCCUCAAGCACCACUUUCAGAAACUUACUGAACAUAAAGAAGCCAUCAAGAAAAUCCCUCACGGUCUACAGCAAACUUACCAUCUCCUCAAGAUGGAUCUGCAGGACAUUGGUGAGCUCAGUAAUCAGGAUCUCGGUGCUUCAGAGGCUAAAAGUCUCAAAUGUAAAAAGUGUGAGUUUGAGGCUAAAUGGCCAGCGGAACUUCAGAAGCAUGCUGUUUCACAUUCAGAAGAGCGUCCUUAUGUCUGUAUGGUUUGCGGCUCUACGUAUAAAUGGAAGUGGGAUCUUGUCAAGCACUUUCAGAAAAGUCACCCCAACCUACCGAAUCCGUACAGAAGAAAUGAUAAAAGAGAUACACCAGAUGGUAGCUCUGAGGAGGAAGUUGAAGAAGAGCCUGAAAUUAAACGGCAGAAAAUGUCCAAUGAGUUGAUAAACGGAUGCCGUGAUGAUCAUAUCUCUGUGGAGGGCAUCAUCGCUGCCACACAGGCUGGUCAAAGAGUUGUUUCUAGUCAACCCAACAUUCUUGACGAUGAGCCAAAUUUAGAUAAUGGUUUGGCUUACCUGAAAAAGCUUCAGUAUCUCGGCAAUGGAGAGGCUAGUCAGUCAAACACUAUUCAGAUGGCCAGAACACCACAGGAGAUCUUGGAGCAGCAGAAAAAUCUACAAGAGGCUGCUCGUCUACGCCAAAAUUCAAAUUCAGCCAAGAAAAUUGGAAGCAGAGAACAAACAAGUCCAGUUCCUGGAACUUCUAAAGCAGAAGAGCUGCCUUAUAAGUGUACAAUGUGUAACUAUCACGCCAGGUGGCCUUCUGAGGUGACGCAGCACAUGAAAAACCACUCCGAUUCCAAACCUUACUUGUGUCCCAGAUGUGAGUAUAGGAGCAAGUGGAAGUGGGAUGUGGUGAAGCAUCUGAAACGUUGUGGAGGAGGUGGGAUCAAUGAUGUCAUAGAUACCACCAAGGCAAGGAGAAGGGACCUCAUAAGUCACGGCCCACCCAAUGCUAUUGUUAGCCUGCAAGGUAAACUCAAGAAGCUGACUGGUGCUGAUGAAAGUGGUCCAGCUAGCUCAUCAGCACAGUCUUCAGGUGAUGAAAGCCGGCCAAGUUCAAGGGCAUCGACCUUAGACCUUAGCAGCAACAACAAUGAAAAUUCUGUCGCUGAUAACAACUACAACGGUUUUGCUAGUUUCAACUCAAGUUCAAACAUGAACAGCGACAACACCUCCCCAUCCCAGUCACCCCCAAUGAGCACUCAACCAAAGCAGACGGCUACUGCUGAAAUCUGGAGCUGUCCUCACUGUCCAUUCACCACUGCCAGCCAAGCUGAGCUGAAGCGCCACUCCGGCCUCCACUCUGAUGAUAAACCAUUUAAAUGCGAUGUUUGCCAAUACUCAACGCGCUGGGCCUGCGAUCUCAAGAAGCACAGAAAAAGCUACAACCACUUUCCAAAACAAAUCAAAGAAGACAAGAGCGACAACACCCAGGGAAGAUUUAAAUGCAGCCAAUGCACGCUGUACUUCCAGACACUCCAGAACCUGAUGGAGCAUCGAAUAGCUGAACACAUAGGCCGAGAAUCUCUCAACAGCUCAUCAGCCUCUCAAGAACAAUCUGAAAUAGAUGCAGCUCGUAUAAAACACCCUAGGAAACCUAUUAAACAAAUUCAAUGCUCUAAAUGUCCAUUUGUAUGUAAGAACCGACAGACCAUGGAAAAACAUAUGGAGGAUCAUGCACAGCUUGAGCUUAGUGGGUUUCAAUGCUUCUAUUGCAGUUCACAGUUCAAAGAAAAGGAGAUUCUGCUGGAUCAUAUGAGUUCUCAUUCAGCAUUCAACCCCAAAGAGUGGGAAACUUUCUUUAUGAUCAAUGAGGAAGAGGAUCAAGCAAAGGAUGAGAGGAAAGAAGUCGCGGCUGUGCCGGAUAAACAGGAGAAGGUCCUGGAUUCAACCGAGGCAAGGAUUCAACAAAUUUUAAGUGAAAUUCCAAAGAUGGCCUCUCAUCAGACGCAGGCUUCAAAAUUUCGGUGUGAAUGGUGUCCGGCCGAAUUCUCCAACCUAACUGCAGUUUACAAGCAUGCCAGUCAGGCACAUCCUAUACAGCUUAAAGAACAAGAUGUAGGCACAGCAGCAUCUAAAUCUCAAGUACAACAAGCUGCUUCUAAUAAAAAAUCCUAUGCCGGUGAGCCGAUAGAGAUCCUAAAGCAACAAAUAGCUGAGAAACGACAUGAACAGUUGGCGGAGAAGUUGAAUGAGAUGCUGUCUAACAAUCCUAAAAUGCAGCAAAUUUUUUCCAAAGGACUUGAAGAUGGCUCAAAGCAGUUCAGCUGUGACAAGUGCAGCUUCUCUUCAGCUAAUUUAGCCACUUUUCAACGUCAUUUACAGAUGCACGGCAGCAAGCAGACCUCCCAGUGUUGGUUCUGUGACUACAGCGUCGACCGCAUGCAGCUUCUGUAUCAGCACAUGAAGAUUUCACAUACAAGAAAAUGGAAAGCCCUCAGCCAGGACCCCAAGUUUGCCAGCCAGAUUCAGAAAAUGAAUCUUGCAUAUGGCAGCGUUACAGUUCCAGGCAAUAAUAACGACAGUCCCCCCGACGCUGUGCAUAAAGGCGACGCAACCAGUGAAGGCCAUGCCAUGGACCUCAGCUCCAAAACUAAACCUGCAGAAAUGACACAUGACAUAUUUUACAUCACAAAGCAGCAGUACACAUGGAGUGGAAUCCCAGUAAAUGUCAUACCAGUUGGGAACGCCUUGAAUUUUGUUUGUCCCCACUGCGCCUUCAAUGAUGCAUCCAUCGCAAAAACAUGUGCACAUGUAAUGCAGAGCCAUCGAGCCAUGGCAAAGUUCACCUGUAAAAAAUGUCAGUUCUCAGAUGAUAAUAUUCAUGUUAUGUCUGAUCAUUGCAAAACUUCUCACCCCGUAGAUGAAAGAAUUGUUGAAGUACUUGACUUCAAGCAGCUGAACUUCAGCGAGCUUCAAAUGGUUCAACUGGCUGCCAUCAGAGAUAGAAUGGAGCUGAAGAAAACAGCCACAGAAGAAAAUGUUAAAAUGAUGUCCUGCCCUUUCUGCCCCUUCAAAGCUCAAGUCAAAGAUGAUAUGAUGAAGCACAUCUCUAACCACAGCAAACAAGCUCGGUACCGGUGUCAGAGCUGUGACUUCAGCUCAGAUUCCACAACUGUGAUUAGCGACCACGUCAGAGUCCACGACCAGGGCUACUCUUUCGACACCAAAGCGCUACCCCUUCAAGUCAAAGAGGAGAAGGCAGACAUUUCUGAGGGCGACAAAGAUGACCCACAGAAAUAUAAAUGGAAUGGUAGAAUCCGGUACAGGUGUGUUGUUUGCCCGUAUCACACCACCUGCAAGAGCAACAUCAUGAAACACAAGAGGCAACACCUGCACAACAAGAGGUACAAGUGCAGCAGGUGCUCCUACAGUGCAGCCAGAGCUGUGCUACUAAAGAACCACCUUGAUGCACAUGACACUCUGAUUGAAGAGGACGGCCUGCAUCAUGACAUAUUCUGUGAUCCCAAUAGUCCAAAUGAGGACCUGAAACUAGAUGAAGAGGAGGAAGAAAUGGAUGAAGAUGAUGACUCCAAUUCUGAUGACUUGGAUGAAAUAGAUGCCAAAGCCAUUGCUGAUCUUGAGGCUAAGGAUAUACUGGAAGCUGAAGCUGCCCACAAGGGCUGUAUACUUAAUGAAGAAGAGCCAGGUACUGGUAGUGAAAUAUUAGAUAAACAAUUCCGUAAACAGAAAUGCCCACAUUGUCCUUUCAGCAGUAACUCCGGUUAUGAGUAUCGCAAGCACCUUAAUUUCCACGGUACACAGGAGCGUUACAAAUGUGAUUACUGUAGCUACAGCUUAGAUAGGCUCAAUCUUCUGAGCCAGCAUCGCAAGUUACAUGCUGAUGAGCCGGAAUUCAAUGCUAACCCACCCACGGCAGAUCUACUCAACACAGAUUUUAUUUACAAACAAAACAUCUCGGAGCGGGAAAAUGAAGAUGACCAACUGUCCUGUCUUCAAUGUCCAUAUAAAACGUCCAAGAAAAAAUCAUUUGAUAUACAUUGCAACAGCCAUGGGCUGAGGCGCCGUUAUAUCUGUGAUUACUGCGACUGGAGUGCCGAUAGGCUGGAACUCCUUUGUCAGCAUAGAAAAGUGCAUGAAGAAGAACUUGACUUUCUUGCUAGUCCUGAAGACAAAGUCUUUAUUAAUCACGAAUUUGAUGAUGGAACUUCUGGCGAGUUUGAAGCUAAGUUUAUGGAGAUCAAAAACGAGGAGAAGAAUUCCAAGGAAGGUGAAGGGGAUGCUUCAUUCUCUCCCCCUUUCAAGCUUACAGUUGUCAAGAAGAGUUACCCCUGUCAGUUUUGUCCCUACAAGAGCAGCUCUAAAAAUAGCUACACCGUGCAUAAGGCUAUGCAUGGAUCGGGUGCAGAGUUUGCCUGCACCCAUUGUUCUUACGCUGCCUGCAACAGAGGGCUUCUGCAACAGCAUAUGCAUUUGCAUACUGAUGCUGAAGAUUCUAAACAAGACUCAACAGGGUCGACCAAGCUUGACUCUGACAGCACUGCCCCCUUACCGAAGGACUCGGGCUCCUCAGAGAGCCAGUUUAAGUGCCAGAGGUGUCCAUUUAAGUCCCCCUCCCAAAGCCAGCUCCUGGAGCAUGUCUCCGGACAUUUGUCCCAAGACAGCAUCCAGUGCCCGUGUUGUGACUUCAGAGCCACCUCCAAACAAGUCCUGUACCCACACAUAGAGAUCCACUUCCCUGGCUCCAAGCUCAGCCAGGAGGCUCUCGACCUAAUGCUAGAAAAACAUGUCAAGCUAACUAAUAACAAUAACGAUGGCGAGAGCGAGGCGCCCUCCACUGGCGGGACGACAAAGACCAGACGGGUCUACGUGUGCCAGUACUGCGAGCGAGAAUUCGAUGCCAAACAGGCUAUGAUUCAACAUGAGAAGCAACAUCUGUUUUAAAUGAAAACUUUUUAAACUGCUAGACUAGAUAUCACAUAAAGUGACUAUUCAGAUCUCAAAAUGAAUUGAACUUUGAAGUGUACAUGAUUUAUAUAGAAAUCAUUCCAAAAGUCCUGUACAUUCCAUUAUUAUCCUCAGCCUUAUCAUGUGCCUUUAUGCAUAUAUUGCUAUUGUACAUUAUACAUGUCUUUUGACAAAUAUUCCUUUUAAAAAAUUUGACAUUUUUCUACAUUGCAAAAACGCUCAUCUGUUAAUAUUUCUUGCAAAAAAAAAAAAACAGUUUUGUUUUGUUUAAAACUGAUGUACUGCUGAAAAGUAGCACAGAUGGUCUACUUUCAUAACUUUGCAAGAACAAUAAUCUAAAAUUUGGACCAGUGGUUUUUGUUUUUAUUUCAUGCGAAGGGGACAACGCAUAAGGCCAUUGAGCAAUGAAAAUAUUUGGUAUUACAAUUGUAAAUAAAUUUUCAUGGGUUUUAACCUUCCAAAUUCCAUAUCACUCAACUUGCAUUAAUUAAAACUGCUUACUAGUCUGUAUACACUUAUACAAAUUUAAAUACAUGAUUUCUCUGUUAAAAAUGUGUUUCAUAUCAAGUGCCUGAACUGAAUAUAUUGUACAUUUUUAAAGUUGUUUUUUUUCUUUCAAAUAUGUAUUUAAAUCUUCCUGAAGUGUAAUCAUUGAUAUUAUAGUCAUGCUAAUUUGGAAUAAAACCACAUUAUGCAAUUGAUUACAGCAUUUAAAAUGUGCCUUUUAUUUAAAUAUACAUCUAGUACUCUAGCAGUGUUACAAAGGUUAAAUUUAACUAGUCCAUUAUGUUUAUGACCACUGUAUAAAAAAUGUAUUGUUCAUAACACAUUUUUUUGUUGAUUUUGGUAGUUACAAGGCCCAGUUGUCUAACCAAUUUUUUUUUUAAAUUUGAUAAAAAAAAGGUUUUAAAAACAAUGUAGCUUUGAAGUUUAACCCUUUAUGCUUUCAUGUUCAGCAAAAAAAUGCUGUUUAAUUAUUAUUUUUUUUGGACCUUAAGUGUAAUUAAUCAUAAUUAUUUACAUACUUUAAGUUUUUAUUUUUUAUUUUGCUUUUUUUUACUUAUUUCUUGUUAAAACUGACAAACAAGAAACAUUGCUGAAUCCAGUCUUCCACCAUGUAACAUAAAUUUUAAAUCUUAUAUAUAUUCAUUUCAUUUUUGCUAGUGCUCUCAUGAUACUAUUUUUGUCUUUAUUUAAAGACUGUUGAAAAAACAUUUUACAAAUGUUUCUAAAUGGAUGAGACAUUUUGUCUUCCUUUUUUCCAAUCUUUUGAAUAUAUAAAUACACAAUGGUUUUUAUUUUGUUUUAAAUAACGAGGGUUUGUGUUUUACAAAUGUAAAUAGCUACUUAUCUACCAAUAAUUGCCUUAUCGUUGCUUAUAUUUUGUACACAAUUGUGAAAGUACAGUACCUCAAUAUUCAUUUUCUGAACCCUUCAGGAAACUGGAGUGUGCCUUGAUACAUUAUUCUGUUAAAACUUCAGUGCCUUUUAAAUUUUAUAUAUUUUUUUUUAAAUAUAAGGUUCUAUUAUAUAAUUUAGAGGGUAUUAACAAGAAAAGCAAACUAGAAAAAUACAUAUUGUAUCAGAACUAAACUGGACUAUCAUAAUAGAUACAUCUGGGUUUUUUAAACAAAUAAUAAAUACUAUUUUUGCUAUUGUUUUAUAUUUAACUUGCUACUGAAAUAUUUGGUGCAAACAUUCCAAUUGCAUUUUCAUACAUGGUCUAAGUCAUAUAUAUAUAUAUAUAAUGGUGAUGGCAAUAUUUCAUUAUUUCUGUAUAAAGUUAUAUUUUUGUUUUUUUAAACGAUUUUUUUUACUUCCAGAACUACUUUCUUGUCAUUUAAGCAUUCCUUAUAAGUUACAAAGUUUCAGUGAAGCCAAAAUGAAAAUAUUGGGUUCAUUUGUGUCGAAAAACUGCUAAUGGGUGUACGUGUAUAGAUAUUGUGGUGGGGGUCAGUACCUGGUGGUGCUUACAUUUUUUUAAUGUCUAUUUAUUACAUUUAUCUUGCAUUUCAUCAAAGUAAACGGCAAUAACUCUACAAAUCAUUCAUUCCAUUAGAUUAAUAAUAAACUAUUUCUUUCAGUUGGUAUGCACAAUCAACCAUUCCAGCAGUACAUUGUUUCAAUUAGUAACUUUUUUUUUUUUUUUUUGUAAAUUUCAUCCUAAAUUUAAAACCAAGUUAGCUUAUAAUUUCUGGUUUGAAAGAAUAUUUAUCUAGUCCAAAACAAUUUUCAUAUUUUUUUUAAAGAAAUCAAAAACUUAAGCCAGAGAUUAAACUUCACUUAAUGAAUGUGUGUUCAGAGAUGAAGUUUAAAAUAUUUUUAAGCAAAAAAUAUUUUCCCAAAAAAUUGGAACAAAUUUUAAAAUGGAAAAUGUGAACAUUUCAAUGGCAUUUUGCUUUGUAACCUUUUCUUUUUCUGUUAUGGAUGUUGUGGCUUGAUUGAGGAUUAAAAAAUAU